UUCCAGUAGAAAGGCAUGCAAUAUAAUACCCAUUCAAAUAUUAGAGCAACAUAACCUUAAUAGUUGUUUUCAAAAUAAAACAAAAUGUUUUCUCUAAAUUUGUGUAAGGUGUGUUUAAUUAAAGAAAAAAAUCUGACAAAUACCUCAGUUGUUAAUGAAGGAGAAACGAGUAUAAAUGAUUUGCUUUUCUACUGCGUACCGGAGAUUGACUGGAAUAAAGAUACUAUACCGCCGUAUAUUUGUGGAACAUGUAUUCAGGAAUUAAAUACAUCAGUUAAAUUUCGUCGAAAAUGCUUAGAAAGUGAUACAUUACGACAAAAUGACUUACAAUGGCGAACUAAUGAUGUUCAAAGUAAAUCCUUAAAUAUAGAAAUUGCUGAUGAAUUGUUGAGUAAGUUAGAUGUAAAAUCUGUAACUAAGAAGAAAAUUUUUACACCUGUUACAAAGAGUAAAGAUAGAAAGCUUUUCAAUUGUUCACAAUGUCAAAAACAAUUUCAAUCAUUUCGUAAUUACAAAAUACAUGUAGGAAAAGCACACAAAGUAAAGCAUAAAAAGAAAGCUACAAAAGAAAAGGGAAAUUUAGGACAGGAAACUCAUAAAGAACAAAGCAAAUGUAUUCAGAAGAGUUGUAUAAGUAAGGAAAACCAUUGCGCAGAAAAAAACUUAUAUAAGGAAGUCAAUAUUGAAAAUGAACCUGCAGUAGACUGCAAAGACAAAAUUGUUGUAAACUACGAAUUUAGUGAUUAUAGUACAGACAAAAACAAUAGUAGAACUAUUUGUGAAAACAACGAGAAUGAAGUGAAACAAAAUAUCAAUUCUGAAUUUCAGGCAAAAUUUUUUCCAACAAAAAAGGAUAAAAAGUGCAAAAUUUGUUUAAAAGAGUUCACAAAAACUACUACAUUAAUGAACCACUUUAGAAGCAUGCACUCAUUUGAAAAUUGCUUCAAAUGCACUCAUUGUGACGAAGCCUUUCCGAAUAAGGAGCGUCUAGUGCGUCAUGAGAAUCAUCAUACAGGAGUUCGCAAAUAUAUUUGUAGCAUUUGCGGCAAGAAAUUCUUUACCAGUUCCGACUUGUUUCAUCAUAACGAAAGGCAUGCUGGCGAUCGAAAAUUUAAAUGCGAUAUUUGCAAUAUCAAAAGUUUCACUACUAGAAACAACCUCCGAACUCACAAAAAAAUAGUGCACACUGAUCCAGAAGAGUGGAAAUUUUUAUGCACCAAUUGUGGUCGAAAAUUUGUCACCCAGGGCGCUCUUAAUGUACAUAUGAAACGUCACGGAGACCGGAAAGAAUUUCCUUGUAGCGUGUGCGACAAAGGCUUUUGUACAAAAGCCGAACUUGUGAAACAUCUCAAGGCUCAUUCAGAUCAGAGAGAAUUUAAAUGCCAAGUUUGUGGGCAACAGUAUAAAUUGAAGGAAAUAUUGGAAAGACAUUUGUUUAAGAAACACGGAAUUGGUGACAAAGUUUUUCCAGAAAGAAUAAAAAAACACUUAUGUCCUGUGUGUCCUUUAAAAUUUUGUUCAAGAUUGCAAAUUGAAAAACAUUUGAGAGCUCACAAUGGUGAGCGACCAUUUAAAUGUAGUUACUGUAGUCAUUCAUUCAUUUGCAGUUCUUAUUUAAAAGGGCACAUCAAAAACAAACAUCCUGCACAUUUGCUUAAAGAGGAGAACGACUCAAAGGAUAGAAUUUUAAUUGAGGUGUAAACUAUUAUUAAUUAAGUAUAACU